ACGUGCCUUGUGAUAGAGUUCGGGUGCAUGUAGUUGAGUGAGGUUGGAACUCACGAGAAUGCUGUAAACAACGUGAUCACGCCUCUACUUUGCCUCGUGGCAUCUGCUAUAAAAUAAAGACACGGCUUGUGGGCGCUGGCGCUGUCUCCUCAUCAGGGAGCAGCGUCCCACCGAGACCCACCUUUCAUUCUCUUGUCUGUCUUUUCUCAAUCCUUUCACCCCCCCCACUCAGGAUCACCUUUGGCCUUAACAGUCUGAUAGCUCAUUGGUUUUCUCUCUAGCACAUUGCAGGGACCUGCUUGACUUCAGUAAAGUCCUUCCCAGUGCAGAGAACUGCCUGGCUGGUGUGAGGAGCAGCCGGGACCACAGAGGUGGUGAAGAGAUGGCCCUCACCUGUAACCAGCUUUCCGUCGUGAACCCAGUCGUCCCCUUCUCUAGGGCCACACCAGGGGGCCUCCAGUAUGGACAUCAGGUCACUGUCAAAGGGGUGUUUCUUCCGUCCUGUGGAAGCAGGUUUGCUGUGGACUUCCAGACGGGCUUCAGUGACAAUGACAUUGCCUUCCACUUCAACCCUCGGUUUGAAGAGGGCGGGUAUGUGGUCUGUAACACCAGGCAGAAAGGACGCUGGGGGCCGGAGGAGAGGAUGAUGAUCAAUCCCUUCCAGAUGGGAAUUCCUUUUGAGAUCAGCUUCCUGGUGGAGAACUCUGGAUUCCAGGUGAAGGUGAAUGGAAACUUCUUUAUGAUCUACGUACACCGCGUGCCCUUCCACCGUGUGGACACCAUCUCCUUCACCGGUGGUGUAGAGGUGACAGAGAUCAGCAUCGAGGACACCCGUGCAGUUUGUCUCCAGAGGAAGAUCUCUGAGGUGCAGUCCUACCCCAGUCCCUGUGGCUCACCUGAGUCCAAAGAGCAGAAACCAAAAGCCCCAGGCUCAAAUAAAGCUCCAACUCCCCAGCUGGAUGUGCAGAAUCCUCCCCAGCCUUGCCCAGCCCACCUCCCGGCCUCCCACCUCACCCAUGAAGACCCUCCAUCAGCCUCCACUGCUCACUCCAGGCUCCUUCUGGCCACCACGCUUUUGCAUCUGCUGUCCUGGUGCCCAAAGUAUCCUUUGCCACCUCACCCAGCCAGCCCCUAACUGCCCUUCAAUGCCCUGCUUCAUUGUGGCUCCUCAGGGCAUCUUCCCUGCCUGGCAGGUUGCUGGAUGCCCGACCCCCUCCCUGACCUGAUGCACUAUUAACAACUCUGUGCACGCCAGGCAACAUGUCCAGUUGUAACUGUACUUACAUGUCUGUCUCUGUCAUUCCACCCCCUCUUUCCCCAAACCAUAAGCUUGGAAUACUGACUUGUCCCUUUCUGUAUCCCCAGCACUUUGUAGGGAAUAGAUCAGAGGCCAACCCAAGCUGGGAGCCAGAUUUUGCCAAACACCACCGAGUCCUUGGUUGAGUGCCUUCCUGGUUCCUCCUGAGAGAAGGAAACAUGGUUCACUCCUUCAGCAGCCUUCCCGGGGGACAUGGGUGCCCUUCACUCACCGGCAUGCCCUUGACCCUUAGCCCCAUCUCAUGGGCUUUGUCAUCCAAGUGCCCAAUCAUUAUUAGCCAAACUCUCAUGAACAUGAAGGCCUCAGAGCAAAAUUCAGAGACUGUAAGACUGGCUGUGCUCAGGACUCCACUAAAGAGCCAGCACUAAGAUGAGAAAUGCACUCAAAGGCCCACAGCAAAUAUGAGCUCCUCUCUCUUUGGCCCUCAUCUCUGUUAUUUUCUCCCUCUUGCCUACUCUGUCUGUCCCUUCCUGGCUGGCUUCCUCCCUCUUGUCCAGGCCCCUGCCUUUCCAUUCUUCCUUGGCUCAUUAAAGCUUCUCUUCACCCCAGAGCACCUUUUGUUUUAACGGGACCCUGGGGAUGUCCCUGCGGUGCAAAAUGGUCAAACAGCUUGUGACCUACUGGAGCCCAAGGAGCAGAAAGCAAAAGUGAGUUAAACAUGGAGAACCUGGGAGGCUGAGCAGUCAGCAGGAAGGACAGAAAGUCUGAGAGAGGGGCUAGUUGCUGCGAGCAGGCAGUGACGACCUAUAGCCCCCUGCAUGCCCAUCCAAGGUUCCCUAUCUCCAUCCACCAGGCACCAGGUGCCACAACCUUUUGCAGUGAGGAUUCAGGAUCUGGUGAAGGGGCUGCACAUAAAUGGAUAGACUAGACAAAAAAUAUAAAUUUAGAAUGCAUGUGGGAAUGAGGCAGAAACCUACUCUCUAGCGGAAUGGCUCUCUGAAUCUCCAUACCCAAAGCUUUUUACUAGAAUAUACAUUUUACCUUUAGCAAAGCAAAGAGACAGCAAUGGUAAGGUUUGUAAACAAUAAAAGGAUUAUGUGCUUAGAGGAUUGCCUUCAGCCAUUCAGCCAACAGCAGGUGAUAAUAUGCUGAUUCUCAGCCCUUGCUGAAUAUCAAAGUCCAUCAGCCUUCUGAGGGACUUCUGGCAUUUAUAUGUUAACUACUUUUUGCUCUUUGCCUCCAGAACCCAGGCCCCUGAUUUGGGAGGCAUCCUUCAUUCUUCCCUCCCUUCCUUAAUAUCCCUGGAGUGCACCAAGGCCUCUCUUUCCUGAAGGCACUGCCUUGGAUUAGACCACCUGGCUCUUCACUCCUGACCUCCUCACACUGCCACACUGCCACAGUGACCUUUCCAAAAGCAAAUCUAGUGGCAUCUACUCCCUCCUUAAAAACCGUAAAGGCUCUCGCCUCAAUAGAGCUCCAGUCCCCCAGCUGGAGGAACAGAUUCCUCCCUAGUCUUGCCCAGCCCACCUGCUGGCCUCCCACCUCACCCACCAAGACCCUCCAUCAGCCUCCACUGCUCACUCCAGGCUCCUUCCGGCCACCACACUUUUGCAUCUGCUAUCCUGGUGCCAAAAGGACCCAUUGCCUCCUCACCCAGCCAGCCCCUAACUGCCCUUCAAUGCUCUGCUUCAAUGUGGCUCCUCAGGGGCAUCUUCCCUGCCUGGCAGGAUGCUGGAUGACCCACUGCCUCCCUGUCUCAGUGGACAUUUCACAACUCUAUGCACACCAGGCACCAUGUCCUGUUGUAACUGUAUUUACAUGUCUGUCUCUGUCACUCCAACCAUCCUUCCCCAAACCUGUGAGCUUGGGAUUGUGACUUGUCCCUUUGUGCAUCCCCAGCACUUUGCACAGUGCCUGGAGUGCAGUAGGGACUGGGUCAAUGAAUGAGGGAUGUGGUUUGCACAGUCAGUAGAAGCGGAGACCAGUCAGGGCAAGACCAGUCUGCUGGGUGGGGAGGGGCCUCGGGCAGGAAACGGAGCAGGGCCUGGCCCUUCCUUGGCCACUUGAGCAGUGGGAGCAAGGCCAAGGGCGUCAUCCUACCCAGCUUCCUGUGGCCCAUCACGGUGCUCGGUGGGCCCCUGCCACCCGCCACACUGACUUUAGGAUGGAGGAGCUCCUGGGAGCCUUUGCAGGGCAGCCUGACUUUGGCCCUGGCCUUGGGAGGACGUGGUAUGUUGAUACAACCAGACACAACAGGGUACCACUUUGUAUUUGAUGACUUGCUACUGGGACAGGCUUGGGCAAGGUGCUUAACCUCUCUGAGCCUGUGCUCUUACUUAGCAAAACUGAAGUUGACCUUGGUGCAGACACAGGAGGGAUUCCCGCCCUGGGACCUCGGGCUGGAGCAUGCUGAUGUCUGCAUCUGAACUUCAACUCUGCCUUCCCUGUCCCUGCCCCAGUCCCUGCCCUCCCAGCCCUUCCUGGAUCUGGGGCUUUUCUAGAGAAACCAGGCCCUUGGCCCUGCUUCUGUCUGCAGCCAUCCUGGAGUGGAGAAGGCCGUUGGCUGGCAUAGCUCCCUCUGUCUGGGCAGCACCUGGGCUCCAGCUGCCCAAAUUCUAACAUCUGAG